UUCAAAAAUGGGCCAAUCAGAAGCGCGUAUUUAACUUUGAAGUCUGCAUUUUUUUGCCAAACGUAAAUUAUUUUCAAAAAUGAAUCUCGACACUAAAAAACGUGAAAUAAUAAAUUUAUUGUACAGUGAAGGUUUAAUACGUUCGUGAUUGAGUAUUCGUUAGUUAAGGUAGUUGUAAAUAAGCAGUUUGUUGUUGAUGUAACCACAAAAUUUUGCACUCAAAAUGGACGAAGUCAACGCUCGUAUUGUAAACCAACAGUCGUCCAUAAGCAUAGAUUCUAACGCCGAAGACUUUACAAAAACGGAAACGGUCCUGCUCCCCCUGGACAAGAGGCUAUGCUUGGUCGGGCCGUUGGCGGCCGAUCCCGACGUAUGCAACUGCGCGCAAACUUUCGGGGUUCCCGUAAUUACGUCCGACGACGGACUGCAAUACUUGGAGGAUCGAUCGUGCAAAACGAUAUACGUACUGAACACGUUCGACGAUGACCUGUAUAACACGUUGUAUAAGCAGAGGCAGUCGAUUUUGGGGCCGGUGGCGUUACGGCAACUAUCGCAGAAACAGGAGCAGCUACCCGAUAAUACCAGACCGCUAUUUAAUUUGUCGAUGACGGGCGUUAUUGUGUGCUUUACGGGGUUUCGUAAUAAAAACGAGUUGAGUUUGGUCGUGCCGUUAGUGCAUCACAUGGGCGGAUCAAUUCGGAAGGAUAUGUCCGUGAAGGUUACACAUUUAAUCGCGAAGAGUAGCGGUGGCGAUAAGUAUCAGUACGCUGCUACGUUUAAGGUUCCCGUCAUGCAUCAGUCGUGGGUGUUCACCUGUUGGGAGCAGAGAUUUAACCCGGAUUUUAGCGCGACUCUUGACGUGGUUGUUGCCGAACACAAACUAAAACCUUUUCACGGUGCCAAGGUUUGCUUCCUCGGUUUUCCCGAGGAUGAGGAUAAACAUAUGGCUGAGGUUUUAGAAUCGAAUGGCGGAAGUGUUACGCAUUUGGAAGAUGUUGAUUGUACUCAUGUAGUGAUGGAGCAAGCAGAGAUUUUCGACGUGGACCAUAUUAACCUUUCCAAACCCGCUUCAUCUAUCGCGCCAUUUUUAACUAAUACCAAAGAAACCCUUCACGAAGAUCAUCAAAAUCUUAAUAACACUUACUUUGACGAUACGUGUGUAACGGAAGAUCUCAAUAGCACAACGUCAUCGGGUAAACGCAAACGUGAGCUGUUCGCCGCCGCAGUGAACAAGCGCCGAUGCGAUCUGAGCUACAGUGAGAACGCCCGCAGGAGACUUUCCCACUUGCUCCGUACGCCGUUAAAUUACUUGUCGAGGAGGCGGCAAACGAUCGGCGGGCAACCGGCGAACCAAAAGACGAGCUCUGGCGACUUUCGAGUGGAAACGAUCGCGUCGUGCGACACUCGAACAAGUUUUCGCCACAAAAACGUUAAAAAGAACUUAUUUAAACGAUCAUUUAAAUCCGACAAGUUUAAACGUAAGCGUAGCCUAAAAAUGUGUGACCUAAAUGCAAGUAAUUUAUCUGAAAUCGACGGAAGAGACUCUCUUAAUAACAGUUGCUUUCCCGACUUUUCCUCCUAUGCAUUUCCCGACAUUGCGACAAGCGCUAGGAACACAAGAGAAUCAUCUGGCGUUGCGGUCGUCGAUGAGUCGACCGUGGCCGAACGUCCGGAGAUCUCCUCGAGAGCCCAAUUUGUAAAGGCGGAAUGGUUUUGGACCUCUGUACAGAAACAGAUUUGUCUCGACGAAAAAGAAUACUUAUUUGACGAUUACAUAGAGCAAGUUCUGUCGCCAUCGGCGAGGCGAGAGUCGCAACCGAGCGCGACACCGAGCAGCGCCACCAGACGGAAACGGAAAAGACUGCAGGAAACGUUAUCGUCACUUGCCCUACAACCUUCGCCCAGUGUUUACAAACGUAGGUCUUCAGUAAGCGACGCCGGGCUCUUAUCCGUGUCGGGAUCAUUUUUGGAUUGCACCGCGAGUCCAGAAAAAUGCCUGAACGACCUGCCCGAAAGUAGUCCGGCCAUCGAAACUCGCAAAGCUCUAACGGCACGACAGCAGGUGGUGAUGGAGCUAGUACAAACCGAAUCGAAUUAUGUUAACAUUUUAAAUACGAUAAUGACGAUGUUCAAAAAACACUUAGAAGACAUGCCCGAAGAAGAAGCCUUACUGAACAACACCGAAUUAAAAAUCAUCUUCGGCAACCUACCCCUAAUUUACGAAACGCACAUAAAAAUGCUCGAAGAAUUGCGCUGGACGUCCGCCCACUGGACCGAGGAGCGCAGCAUCGGCAACAUAAUUUUGAAAUACUCGACGGACUUACUAAAGGCCUACCCACCGUUCGUAAACUUCUUCGAGGAAAUGAAGGAGAUGCUCCUGAUGUGCGACGCGAAUAAGCCCAGGUUUCACGCGUUUCUGAAGGCGUGCCAGACGAGGCCGGAGUGCGGGCGCCAAAAAUUGCAAGAUCUGCUAAUAAGACCCGUGCAGAGGUUGCCUAGUAUUAGUUUAUUAUUAAACGAUAUUUUAAAACAUACGUCUAAGACAAAUUCUGAUCAUAUAGCUUUAGAUCAAGCGCUAGCCGCUCUGAAAGAGGUUAUGACGCAUAUCAAUGAGGAUAAGAGAAAGACGGAGGGCCAGCGAGUAAUGUUUGAUAUUUUUAAUGACAUCGAUAACUGUCCACCCGAUUUAAUCUCCUCACAUCGAACCUUCGUCACCAGAGCCGAGGUGAUACAGCUUUCCUCGUCCGAGGGACUCUCGAGCAAGGGCAAUUUCCUCGUCCUAUUUCUGUUCACCGAUCAGCUGGAGGUGUGCAAGAAGCGAUCGAAGGCGUUCAACACGCUCAAGAGUCCGAACACCGUCAACGGAUACCAUCAGAAGUCGACCAGUAAACCGUACAAGCACGUCAAACUGAUGCCCCUCAGUCACAUAAAGCGAGUUAUCGACAUUAAAGAAACGGAAGACUGCCAGCGAGUGUUCAGCCUCGUAUUUAGGAAUAACGACGAAAUCAAAGAGCGUUUGUUUUCGUUCGCGAUGACCGAAAGCGACGUGGAUAAGGUGACCUUUUUGAAAACGCUUUGCAGGCAGAUGGCGACAAACGCUUGUACUGCAGACGCGGACAAGUUCUUGGCGUACUUAGAACAUCAACAGUUGGACAUAGACACGAGCGAUAUAAAUAAUGGAACGUUAUCGAAAGCUUUCAAAUUUGCUAAUAGAACGAGACUGAAAGUGGGGCGGGCUUUUUCUUUUAAUAAGACACCUUCGAAACUGAAACGCGCCGUUUCUUCUAUGAUGUCACCGUUUGGCAGCUCCACGAAUAUUACGCCGGCUUCCCAACUGGCGCAGAUGAGACUUGCUAGUUACAGCAAUAUAAAUAAUUUCCCAGAUCGGAGUCCUGGCUUUUCUCCCAUCUUUUGUUUGUUACUUGAAAUGUAGCUUCUUUUUGUGGGCUUUGUUUUGUUGAGGUGCUGUGAAAAGAAAAGUUUUGCCGUCUAAGACCACAGAACUACUACUAGGAUGUAGCUCUUAAGCUACUCUGAUUUGUUGUUGAUUAGAUCAUUUGCGAAAGUACCAUCGUCCGCUAGUCAGUGGUGAAGUUGGCUGUUUAAAUUUCAAGCCUUCAACAAUUUGUCAAGAUCAUUGAAUCACUCAAGCCCCACAACCACAUCGAGGAACAGUGAGGAGGGGGAAAUUGAGUGAGUCCCUACCCCAAGGGAAAUGAAUUAUGCUCCUAUUUUUGUGGCCUUUUUGUCAAAAAUUGGUAAAUAAAAUACAUUCAAAGAAGUCAAUUUUACUUAUUAUUUAUAAAAAAUCUAUUUACGCCCCAAUGUUUUUAAUAUGCAGAUAAGGUGGAUUAAACCAAUUUUUAUGUAGUGGCAUGCAAAAACUGCUACCAUAAAAAAAUGAUUCCCUACAUUUCCUAUAUUCCCUGGAUCCUCUGCAGUCACUGAAUUCCCUAGAUUCUUUACAUUAUCUAGAUUCCCUAAUUUUCCUAGGUUCCCUAGAUUUUCCAGACUCCAUAGAUACCCUAGAUUCCCAAGAUUUACUAGAUUCCUUAAAUUCCAUAGAUUCGCUACAAACCUUACACACCCUAGAAUCCUUAGAUUCCUUAUAUUCCCUAGACACCCUUCACUCCCUAGAUUUCCUGGAUUCACCAAUUGAUUUUUUUUUAUUGUUUCUAUGUUUCAAUGUCUUAGUCAUUUAUCUUUAUAGGGUUCGCUGUUAUGUUUUAGGAGUGAAAAAUUUAAUAUCCAAAGAAUCACGCUAUUUGGCAUCAAGAAUCUUACCCUCAUAGAGUAGGUCUUUACCCGGUUAGAUGUAGAGUGC